ACUUCCAUCCAUGCAUUUCUCGGUCCGGCGUUUAGAUCGGUGCGAGUUUUGAUCAUGGGUUUGAUCACUGUGAUAAUAGUUGGCAGUAGUACGUUCCUCCUGCGCUCGCUCUCGAUAGACACGGACGUCUCAACGUACGUGUGUAUUCUGUGAGCACCGGGCGGAAAAGCAGCGCAGCGUGGAACCAACAGCCCUGUUGUGUACUUGCGUACCAGGAACCCCUGCUGUGUACUUGCGCGCAACUGAUCUGUACUUGUUGCUACCGGAACAAUCAUUAACGUCAUCAAAGACCGCUCGGGGAUUUUGUUAAAGUUGCCUGGGCCGGCGAAGUUCCGCCAGAUUGAACUACAAGGCAGCGCGAAGCUGUGCCGUUGAGCUGCUGUGAUUUGGCGAUUAAUCGUCGCACAGGGGUCCAAAAUCAUUCGGUCAUCGCUACAACGCCCCAGGGAAAGGGUUUCGACCAUGGUUUGACGUGCGAUCGGCUGAUCGCGUGCUAGUCCGCAUCGGCUCUUUCGCGUCUUCCGUCGUUAGCAACGCGCGUGUAGUGUUGCGCAGCUGUGGUGCAAUAUCGCGAAGGAAGUGUCUCAGUGACUUGACGCCACAUUUUGCUCAAACCCAUAUGGCGGUCGCUUGCAGUCCUGACGCUCAACUGAUCCCCAGGGACUCCAACGCGGUGACGUCCGCUGCUAGGGCGCCCGCUUGCCGUUACGUAGCGUUACUCAACGAAUUGGUAGACGUCGAUCGGGUUCGCUUCGCGUUUCUAGUGUACGCCGCGAUAAACUCGCAGCACGGAGUCCCGCCCUCGCAGCGAUCGCGCGCCCUGGUCCGCUACCUGACCGGACGCGCCGGCGAUAAUUUUGACGUCGUCAAAGGCUGCUUUCUCGACGAGUUUGGAGCUUCGGUUGACGACACAGCGCUCGAGAUUCUCUACGUAAUGCGAAAGUUCGAGCCCAUGCGCAGGAUAUUCGGAGUCUGCCGUCAUCGAGCCAGCACGCUGUACGAGUCGCCCAGGCGCGUCAGGAAGUUUUGGCGCGAGUUGGCAAACUUCUGCGAGUCCUGCCUGGAUGAUGAGGCUGCAGAGAUCUCAAGGCACUUCCUACCCGAAUCUUCGUUGUCUGGUGUGCCGACGCAUGCAGAAGCGGUCGUCGUGCUGCUGUAUGAGAGGAGCAUCAUAACCUUGGACAACUAUGCUGCCCUCUACGAACACAUAAGGACAGCUUACAACAACGAAGAACUCUUGGAGCAUCUCUGUGAAGCAGUGCCGCGGUAUCCAAUGACCAACAGCCCACAUGGAUAUGCGGUCAUUUUAAACCACAAUGUGUUCAAAGACCCAAAGAAGGAGAUCAGGUUACAGGAGAGACAAGGCACGAAGAAAGAUGUCGAUGUGCUAAAGCAACUGUGGGAGGAGCUGGAUUUUAACGUGAGGAUAUACGACGACUGUACGUCAGGUGAAAUUGAAAAAUUGCUGCUCGAAAUCGCCACAGUUUGGGACCACAGGAAGAGCGACGCCAUCGUGUUCAUCAUUCUGUCCCACGGGUACAGAGGUGGGUUCUAUGCUAGCGACUGCAAGAAGGUGGACCUCGACACAGUCGAGAGCUACCUCUGCGAGAAAUGCGACGGCCUCCAGCACAAGCCAAAGGUGCUUUGCGUCCAAGCUUGCCAGAUUGGCGACGUAUCUGAACCAUCACCUAGGGGCACAGGUGAAAGGCGUAGCCGGGCCCACAUGCUGAAGUUCAUGUCAACUGUGCCAUUCUCAUUGUCCUACCGUGACCCUCACUACGGCAGCAUUUUCGUGCAAGCAUUAGUGGAAGCGGUUCGGCGACACUGGCGCAACCACGACCUCGUGCAGAUCGGCACGUUCAUCAACAGUGGCGUCGCCGAUCGGCCCAUCCCCGUGGUGUCCAGCGACGGCCAAAAUAUCAACUGGUCGAGCCAGACCUCAGAAGUCAGCAACACACUCACCCGUGCCCUCUACCUGGGAAGAAAGUGAAGCACUGCCGCAGUGGUUCGGCC